AUGAAAUUCUCAUUAUGCGAUGCUAUGCGGUACAUUAAAGCGUACGAAGUCGGACGGCCACCUACAUCAUCUAAAUACGACCUUGCUAUCCGUCUACGCACACCUAAGAACGGUCCUGCAGUCCGCAAUCGUGUCGAGCUCCCUCACGUGGUCAAUUCCUCAACUCGAGUCUGCGUCAUCUGCCCACCAGACUCAAAACAUGCAAAACAAGCCGUCGACUCAGGCGCAAGCUUAGUAGGGGAAGAGACCGUAUUCGACGCAGUGAAAGCCGGGAGAAUAGAUUUCGAUAAGUGUAUCUGCCAUGUGGACUCGGAACGAAAGUUGAAGCAGGCUGGCGUCGCGCGAAUGUUGGGGCCUCGAGGUCUCAUGCCAAGUGAAAAACUAGGGACCGUGACAAAGGAUGUCAAAGCAGCAGUAGGGGCGAUGAUAGGAGGCAGCGAGUACAGAGAAAAACUAGGGGUGAUACGGUGUGCUGUCGGUCAGCUAGGAUUUACACCAGAGGAGAUGCAGAGCAAUAUCAGGGAGUUCAUGAGCGCAAUCAAGAGAGAUAUUGCGCAGUUGAGCGAUCGUAUCAGCAAAGAUGUCCACGAAGUGGUGAGUAUUUCAUUGAAGCACCGGCCACUGCUCUCAAGAUCUUGGCUUACGAUGUUCUAG